CCCCUCGCCCCGCGGGCCGGUACCCGGCGCUCCCAGCCGGCGGUCCAGCAGCGCCGCGCAGAGCGGGGUCUGGCCGCACGAGGCGCCCUGCAGCCCGCCGGGCGCAGAGACUCCCGAGUCCCGGCCCCCCUGCCCUGUCCGGGGAGGGCGGGAGGCGGCCCACGUGGCUCCCUCCUUCCUUCCUUCCUUCCUCCUCUGAAUCCUGUCCCGCCCCUUGCAGCGCUGCGGGCUGCGGCUGCCUGAGACCGCUGGCUUGGGGGCACAGUGUCCCCGAGGCUGUGGCUGGCUUCCCCCCCCCCUGCAGAGGGGUGUUGUUCAUGCCACCCUGGGGAGCUGCUGCUGUCCCGUGGGCCCGCCCUAGACAGCGGGGCAGCCCGUCGUUGCUCCCCUGGGUGGAAGUGGGGCUUGCAGCCAGUCUAGUUGGCAGGGACCAGUGGGGAGAGCCCGGGCAAGCCCCUGACCUGUGUGGGGAGCCCCGCUGCCAGCCACUCCACCGGUGCACAGACACCACAGACAUGACCCUGGUAUAAACUGCUAGAGGGACAGAACCAGUGACACGUGCCUGGCACCCAUGCCUGGCUACUGGGUGACUCCAGCUGCCAACCCCAUGGAGAAAGGGGAGCAGCAGUGAGGGCAGCAUCCCAACCUGGCCCCCCAACGAUGGGGACAGCUUCCUCCCUGGUGAGCCCAGCGGGCACCGGCGGGGAGGUGAUUGAGGACGCCUACGGGGGAGGUGGCGGCGAAGCCUGUGAGAUCCCAGUUGAGGUGAAGCCCAAAGCUCGCCUCCUGCGCAGCUCUUUCCGCCGGGUGGGAGCUUCGCGGCCUGGAGGCCUCAUUGGGGCCAGCUUCAAAUCCACUGCCUCAGUACAGGAGUUGGAGUGCAUGGCUGAGUAUGAGCGCCUGAAAAAAGAAUAUGAGAUCUUCCGUGUCAGCAAGAACAACGAGGUGGCCUCUAUGGUCAAGAAAGAAGCCAAGCUGGACCUGGAGAACAAGAGACUCCGGGCAGAGCUUCAGGCUCUUCAGAAAACUUACCAGAAAAUACUUAGAGAGAAAGAAAGUGCUUUAGAAGCCAAAUAUCAAGCCAUGGAGAGAGCUGCUACAUUUGAACAUGACCGAGACAAAGUCAAGAGACAAUUCAAGAUUUUCAGGGAAACUAAGGAAAAUGAGAUUCAGGAUUUACUGAGGGCCAAACGAGAGUUGGAGACAAAACUUCAGAGACUGCAAGCCCAAGGGAUCCAAGUCUUGGAUCCUGAAGAGUCUGAUUCAGAUGACAAUUGCACAGAAGUUACUGCUACUGGAGCCCAAUCUGAAUAUUGGACUGGUGGAGUGUUGGGAAGUGAGCCAUCUAUGGGUAGUAUGAUGCAGCUUCAGCAGUCUUUCAGAGGGCCUGAAUUUGCUCAUAGUUCCAUAGAUGUGGAAGGACCAUUUGCGAACAUAAACAGAGAUGACUGGAAUGCUGCUAUUGCCAGUUUAUUGCAAGUCACUCCGCUGUUUUCCCAUUCUCUGUGGAGUAACACAAUAAGGUGCUAUCUCAUUAAUACAGAUGAGACUCAACCUGAAGUGGACAUCUUCAUUCGGAACUACUCACCAAAACUUCAAAGAAUAUGUGAAACAAUGGGGUACUUCUUUCAAGUUGUUCAUUUUCCAGUAGAAAAUGGAAAUCAUUUCCAGGCUGUGAGAAAAUGGGAAAUUGAGAAAAGUUCCUUAGUCAUUUUGUUCAUACAUUUAACUUUGCCAAGCUGUUUGCUGGAGGACUGUGAAGAAGCCUUAUUGAAAAAUCCUGAAGGAAAGCCCCGGCUGAUUUACCGCAGAAUAGAAGAUGGCAAAGUCAGCUCAAACCCUGUGCAGCAGUUAACUGAGCAAGUUUGUUAUGUGAACAAAGCAAAGCUCAUUGAUCACAUGGGAGGAGUGGAAGAAGGAGCGUGUGAAACUUAUAAUUGUGUGGAAAAGAUAAUUAAACAGGAUAUAUUGGGAUGUGAAAGCACAGAAGUAGAAGGCAAGGAUUUGGGUAAUAAAGAGGAGUCCAUUGCGCCUGAAGAGGAAGUUUUUGGAGAUGUGCUGUGGGAUGCACAUGAUGAACAAGAACAGAUGGAAGCUUUCCAGCAGGCUUCUAACUCAACAUGUGAACUAGGAUUUGAGAAAUAUUAUGAACGUCUAAAUGAUCUAGUGGCAGCACCAGCACCCAUCCCACCUCUUCUUGUGUCUGGAGGACCAGGCUCUGGCAAAUCUCUUCUCCUGUCAAAAUGGAUUCAACUGCAACAGAAGCAUUCACCAAACACACUAAUUCUCUAUCACUUUGUUGGGAGGCCCUUGUCUGCCAGUUCAGAAUCUGCACUAAUAAUUAAACGGCUUACUUUAAAGCUCAUGCAGCAUUCUUGGUUAGUGUCACCUUUAACAUUGGAUCCAGCUAAGCUCUUGGAAGAGUUUCCUCGUUGGCUGGAAAAACUUACUGCUCGUCACCAAGGCAGCAUUAUCAUAAUUAUUGACUCUAUAGACCAAAUACAGCAAGCUGAAAAACAUAUGAAAUGGCUGAUAGAUCCACUGCCAGUGAAUGUAAGGGUGGUUGUAUCUGUGAACGUGGAAACAUGUCCGCAGGCUUGGAGGUUGUGGCCAACUCUUCAUCUUGAGCCAUUGAAUUCUAAAGAUGUGAAAUGUCUCAUUAGUGCAGAAUGUAGCUGUGCAGAUGUUAAAUUGACCAACGAACAGGAGAAGAAACUUGAGAAACAUUGUCGUUCUGCCACAACUUGCAAUGCUUUGUAUGUCACUCUUUUGGGCAAAAUGAUUGCUUGUGCUCGAAGUGCAGGAAAUAUUGAUGAAAUCCUUCAACAGUGUUUCCAGUGUCAAGAUACAGUAUCGCUAUACAGACUUGUUCUGCGAUCAGUUCAGGAGUCCAUGCUGAACGAUAAAGACAAACACCUUAUGAAAGAGGUUCUCUGUCUCAUCAGUGUUAGCCACAAUGGAGUGAGUGAAUCAGAACUGAUGGAACUUUAUCCCGAACUAUCCUGUGCCAUGUUAGCCUCUUUAGUUCACAGUCUGCACAAGAUGUGUAUGCUGACAUAUGGCUGUGGUUUGCUAAAGUUUCAGCACCUCCAGGCUUGGGAAACAGUGCAACUAGAAUACAUGGAAGAAGGUCAAAAGAUUAUUUCUCCUUACAGAGAAAAAUUAAUAGACUACUUCACCAUGCAGCUAAGUCAAGGCAGAGUGACUUGGAGAAGUGCAGAUGAACUUCCUUGGCUUUUCCAACAACAAGGCAACAAGCAGAAGCUACACAAGUGUCUCCUGAACCUCUUUGUAUCUCAGAAUCUUUACAAAAGGGGGCAUUUUGCAGAAUUACUGAGUUACUGGCAGCUUGUCGGAAAAGAUAAGAGUUCAAUGGCAGCAGAGUAUUUUGACUCUCUAAAGCAAUAUGAGAAAAGCUGUGAGGGAGAGGAAAAUAUGAUCUGUCUGGCUGAUCUUUAUGAAACUCUGGGACGUUUCUUAAAAGAUCUCGGCCUUCUCAGCCAGGCAGUUGCUCCUCUGCAGCGUUCUCUGGAAAUUCGGGAGACUGCACUGGAUCCAGAUCACCCAAGGGUAGCACAGUCCCUCCAUCAGUUAGCAGGAGUUUAUGUGCAGUGGAAGAAGUUUGGAAACGCUGAGCAGUUAUAUAAGCAGGCUCUGGAAAUCUCUGAAAAUGCUUAUGGGGCUGAACAUCCCAGGGUUGCUCGUGAACUGGAUGCACUUGCAACAUUAUACCAGAAACAAAACAAAUAUGAACAAGCCGAACAGCUGAGGAAAAAAUCCUUUAAAAUGCGACAAAAAGCAGCAAGGCGGAAAGGCAAUUUGUUUGGAUUUGCUCUUCUACGUCAACGAGCCUUGCAGCUGGAAGAGCUCACGUUAGGCAAAGACACAUCAGAUAAUGCUCGAACCCUCAAUGAGCUUGGAGUUCUCUAUUAUCUGCAGAAUAAUCUUGAGACAGCUGAACUUUUUCUGAAGCGCUCCUUAGAAAUGAGGGAGAGGGUCCUGGGACCAGACCACUCAGACUGUGCACAGUCUUUGAACAACCUGGCAGCUCUGUACAAUGAAAAGAAACACUACGAUAAGGCUGAGGAACUGUAUGAAAGAGCUUUAGAAAUUAGGAGGAGAGCAUUAGCCCCUGAUCAUCCCUCAUUGGCUUACACCGUGAAACACCUUGCAGUACUCUACAAAAAGGUGGGAAAGCUUGACAAGGCAGUGCCUCUGUACGAGUUGGCUGUUGAAAUUCGUCAAAAAUCAUUUGGUCCAAAGCACCCUAGUGUAGCUACUGCCUUGGUAAACCUGGCUGUUCUUUAUUGUCAGAUGAAAAAGCACAUUGAAGCCUUACCUCUGUAUGAAUGUGCAUUAAAGAUUUAUGAAGACAGCUUUGGUCAUAUGCAUCCUCGGGUGGGAGAAACACUAAAAAACUUAGCUGUGUUAAGCUAUGAAGGAGGAGAUUUCGAGAAGGCUGCCGAGCUGUACAAGAGAGCCAUGGAAAUCAAAGAAGCAGAGACUUUGUUGAUAGGAGGAAAAGCAGCUUCCCGACCCUCAUCAAGUGGAGACACUUUCAGUUUAAGAAGUACAUUAUCUCCAAAUGUUUUUCUAGACCAUGGACAAAGGUGAUGCAAACUGGCACAAAAACAAAUGCUAGUGAAGAAUGCUUGAUGGUUAAAGUAUUAAAAAAAAUCUAAGCAUGCUUCAGAGAUUAAAAAAUGAUUUUAGGAGAUAAAAUGUUUGUGAUGAAUGAAAAUAUGAACAAAAUUUUACAUUUUAAUUUAAAAUAUUUCUGUUCGUGCUAACUUUUUUGUGGACCAUGUGGUACAAAGUUACCUCUGUGUUACACAUAGGCAUUUAGUGAAAGACUGCUGAGUGUGUUCUAGUAGUUGUUGUUCAGACUGAAGCUGUAAUGCCAGAAAACAUCAGUUUUGUUUUUUCUCUAGACCUCUUUUUAGUAGAAGACCUGUGAGCUGCAGGGUAUAAUCAGCAAAAUAGCUACUAGUUUUUAUUCCACAUCAGUUCCUUCAGUGUCCACACUGUUAUGGUGUUUGUAGAAUUUUGUUACUGUACCUUUCCGUCUUUUCAGGAGCACUUUGUUAUUCAGGGACACAGUAAUUUUGAGAACCAUGUAUUGUGUUUCCACCAAAAGAAGAAAAAUACCCCCAAACUUCACCUGCACAUGUUUUGGCUUUAAGGAAACUUAGGCAAAGGAAACUGGGUUCUUAGUAAAUGUUUUUUAAAUCAUGGUUGUUGACAGAGGGCUUGUCUAUGUGGUCAGUUUGUGCAUGGUAAAUCUGCAGCACACCAGCCUUCACACUAACUGGCCAUUGGGACCCUGAUAUCACACACACAAAUUUCUAUAGUGUGUUUUGAUUUAAACUCUGUUUUGAAACAGAUUGAAGUGUACUACAGAACUUUUAGUGUAUGGUAGCAAAAUCCACACGGCCUCUUAGUGUGCGGCAUGCUAAUGCACUGUAGAUUUACAUCCCCGCUUGUCAUGUAUGAACUGAAGAUGUAGACAAGCUCUGACUGAUGUUUUUGUUCUCUCUAGCUAAAGCUUUUUAAUUGGUGUCUGUUAUAGCCACUUAUUUUUAGUAGGAAUAUGCUUUUUCAAUAAGUAGCCAGAGAGAAAAAUAUUAGGAAUUAAUUGGGGACUGGUGCACACCUCUCAGUUUUAGUAGAGAAAAACUGCUCAUUAAACUCCAGUAUAAGCAUGCUUGUAUUAACCAGGAGAAAGAACUGAAUAGCAUCAGUGAAUAGCAGUAAGCUGAUUUGUAUUAAACGUACAAUGGAGUAUUUCUCCCAGUUAGUUCCAAUGAUCAAUUAAGUCUGUUUACAAACAAUAGAAUACAUUUAAUAAAUUCACUAAUUUAAAAAUUACAUGCUUCUUUUCAUAUUUUAGAGUUCAGAGUGUCAGAUCUAUGAAGAAACUUCAUUCAUGAACUAAUCCAUUUAUUCAGCUAGUCUUAAAGUGUCGAGGCUGUUUAUCUCAAAGGGAUACUAUCUAUCUUCUCCUUUUUCCCCCUUUUAUGGUAAGCAAUCAAGUCAAUCUCCCUACUCCCCCAUUCAGCACUUUUUCUGAAUAGAAAAAAAUAUUUAAAUAAGAAUGUAACUUGAACGAUUAGUUUUAUACUGCUGCAAUGAAAAAUGUACAAAAUCAAAACUGACAUUCAGCACUAAAACUUAGUUGAAGAAACUUCUAACAGAUUACACAAAUGAUAUAAGGUUCUUGCAGCAUAGGAAAAGUGGUUUUUAAUCUAGACAAAAAUUGUAAUAGUCUAAAUUUCAAACAGAUGGAUGUUUGACUUCUUUGUAAUGGUGUCCGAAACAAGUGAAACAGCUCUCGAGUCUUCUUCUGUAGAAAAUAUGUCCCACCAAGUCCUGUUCGUACAUGAAAGUGAAGCGUUUGUAUAUUUGGUAUAAGCCAAAUUCUGUACAACUUAAUGAACACAGUAGAACUUCACAUCAAAACUGAUAGUGUCUUCCAGUGUACCAGCAGAGAUUUAAUAGUACAGACCCAUAGCAAGGUCUCAUUAUUAAGAUUCACUGUUAAAAAUUUAAGUUGACUAUAUAUUGUGGCUUACUACAUAAAUGAACAAAGUUAGCAAAAAUAUACAACACUGAAGUGUUGAUUGUUCACUUAAUUGCAAAAAAAUCAGAAAUUUCCGCUAGAUUUCCCAGUCAGAGAAAUACUAUGGUUCUUUUUAAAUUAGUUUUAAACACUGGUACACAAUCUUCUGCGAAGUUAGGUCUUGACUCCACCACUUCACUUUACAAUUUGGAAUGGGCAAGUGUAAAAGUUGCUUUACUAACUAAAUUCAGAAGUCAAGAACUAUUUUGCAUAUACUAACAUCUCUCCAAUAAUUUUAUAUAUGUAUUAAUUACUAUUUUUGUAAAACUGUACAUAGGAUAAAAUUGUAAAUAGUUGCCUUUUUAUAAAGCUGUCAGCCAUGUAAAGUAAUAGCUAAAUCAGUGAUUCUCAAACUUUUGUACUGGUGACCCCUUUCACAAGGCAAGCUACUGAGUGCGACUCCCCGUUAUAAAUUAAAAACACUUAUAUAUUUAACACCAUUAUAAAUGCUGGAGACAAAGUGGGGUUUGGGGUGGAGGCUGACAGCUCGCAACCCCCCCCCCACGUAAUAACCUUGUGACCCCCAGUUUGAGAACCCCUGAGCUAAAUGCUAGCCAAAUAAUUCUAAAUGGAGUUUAGAAUAACCAGCUUUUAAAAGUAAACAAAGAAAGGUUUGUAGGUGUUUUUGAAAAGACUGAAAUUUCCUGUGCAGUUAGUUUUUUUUUUUUUAGUGAUAAGUCAUAAGCAUGUUUACUAUGUAAACAAAUGGCUGACAACUGCAGUGAUGACGACAUUAGGAGCUGUUUUGGCCAACUGAGUCAUUGACCAGGUAACAAAGAAUUCAUACCAAAACACUUGUGCCUAACAACUGCAUACUUACACCACUAUCAAACACAAAGCAAUGUAUGCACAAAUACUUGUUUAAGAAAGAAUAGGGAUGUGACACAAACUGAAAUCACUCAACCUUUUACAAUAUUUCUAGUGAAAUUUAUGGCCUAUGAAAAGAUUGAAGCCUUCCAUUUACCCACAAAACAGGUAUAGCCAUGCUACAAAUUUAGACAACAUAGCCCAUUGAACUGUAGCCAGGGUUGUGAGUUCAAUCCUUGAGGGGGCUAUUUAGGGAUCUGGGGCAAAAAUUGGGGAUUGGUCCUGCUUUGAGCAGGGGGUUGGACUGGAUGACCUCCUGAGGUCCCUUCUAACCCUGAUAUUCUAUGAUAAACUACCACAAAUCUGGUAUGCAUUUGAAGCACUAACGUACGUGUUAAAGACUCCAUUAUCAAUCCCCUGAACCACUCUAUCCAGACAAGGUUACUCCACCUUUAAUUUCCCCCGAUAUUGCCAACAUGUGGAAUAUCAUUCCACAUCAGGUGCUAUGCUUAACUUUGUGUCAGUUUGUCUAUUAUCUUAAAUUUUCCCCUAGAGAUUUGGACCCUAGCAUGAUGAGAAAUGAAAACUUACAGUAUUACAACUUUGUAUUUUAAAGCAGUAUAUAGACACCAGAAUACAGUUAUGAGAUGCCAUCUGAAAGUUUUUAUAGUUCGGUUUUACCAAAAGUUCAAGUUUUAAGACUGGAAUUUCUUACAGGACCUUAUUUCUUGAUCCAGCUCUAGUGUAAGAUCCCGAAUGUUUAAAUCAAUAUUCCAUUUCCCUACAUAUUCUUCAUCUUGGCCAUGAGUUCUUCUAGGCUUUCCUUAGGCUCUGCCACUGUUUCCCCACCUACAACAUUCUCUUCCUAUUGGCAAAAAGGGGAAAAAAUUUAGUUUCUUUGCUGUGAAUAAAACAGGACCCAUGGAGUUCAGAUUACAGAGUUCUUGCAAGAUCAGGCCCAAACAUUACAACUAAGCUAUUCCAUAGCCAUUUACAGUUUUAUACAUCUGACCCAAACUCCAUUCUGAUUAGGAUUUAAGAAAAUGAGGUUCUGAUGCAUAAGUAUGGAAGUUAAACCUCCCACAGACCGAGCUUCAGUUUUAUGGUAAUUUGACUGCAUCUUUCUUAAAGGAUAAAAGUAAUUUGUAAAAAAUGGUUUUGACUGCCUAAACAACUGGGAAAUUCCUCAGUGUGCUUAAACCUCAACAAAAAUAGAGAAACUGAAAUUCAUUCAAUUCUGUUGCCCUCAGAACUAGUUUCAAUAAACUAAUAAAUUGUUUAAAAUAAUUGUAUUGUUCAGACUCAAGCAAUAAUAAUUUGAUUGUAAAAUAUACUCAGAUUGAAUUUAUAGGCAUGCAAUUAUUUUACUAGAAUUGUUACAGAUGGAGUUUUACCAUGGACAAAUGGUAAUAAGUUGAUAACUCAUGUAUUUUCAUCAGUUUAUGUAAUAACUGAAUGCUUUUUAGUACAUUCCAAAGGAUACUGCAGACAACUGCUUUACAGUGUUUUCAUUGUUAACUAGUUUCACAUAAUAUAGAACCUUCUAAUACCAUCAUUAAAUAAAUCUAUAAAAAAAGGGGACUUAACAUUACCUUGUUUGGUAUAGUAUAUGCUACUGUAAUUCCCUUUGGAAGAUCAGGAAGUGGACCAGAAGCAGCCUUCAGCUCCUCUUCUGAAACCUCUGAUACUAGCUCAAUACCUAAGUAUCAAAAAGUCAAAAUGUCAACUAAUUAUUUACCUUUGAUUCUCUGAUUACAGUUUAUUUAUUACCAUUAGAUGAAAACUGCAGCAACCAGAGCUUAUUAAAAUAAAAAAAAGUACUUUAACAGUACAUCCAGUAAGAGACCUUUUAAGUGGCUCCAGGAAUGGGCCUUUCAACUCCCCUAUUGGUACUCUUUCAUAGUUUAAGUCAUUCAUUGUAAGGACUUUUUUUUCCUGAUAGUAAGCUUAUAUUUUCAUUUUAUUAAAAAUACAAUAUUCAGAGAGUAACCAUUUCAAGAAUAUAUGAAUUUAAUUAUUUGACAAGUUUGCUGACAGUUUCAGCCCAGCAAUUUUCUCAGUUGUUAAAUUCCCUGUAAGGGCAUUAUAUAUGUUACUGAAACUUCGUUAUAAUGAAGAUUCGUUGACAAGAUAUUUAAAGGGACAUGCAGAUAAACUUAGACUCAAGCUUAAGUUUUGUACAAAAGAUCCUAUAAAAUCUAAUGAAUAUAUAUUUUCACAAGAUUAAAGAAAUAAAAUGAAAAUAUUUUACUUAAAUAUACUUCUGUAGUUUUGAGACUAAAUUUUAACCUGUUCAGUAUGAGAAUCAAAACAUUAACAUUGAUUUAGUUUAAUUGUCAGAUUUAUUAGAAGUGAAAAAAUGUGAGUAACCGAUAGUGUUUAAUAAAGAUUAGUUAAAUUCCCUGA